AUGGCUCUUCCGACACUCACUAUUCUUCCGGAUUGUAUCGACGAUUUUGGCGUGUCUGAUGGAAAAAGCCUACUGAAUCCAGCUGGCAGUGUCCUGUUGGGGUGGCCUCGACACUUAAACCAUCCACUUGCCUGGCAUGGCAACGAUUUCACAACUGAGGAUCAAUACAUCUACCACUUCUCCAGCUCCGAUACUUCGGAGAUCCAGAGUGCCUUGGAUCAUUUUAAAAGUCUGGAGCUUGAUGGAAGCGACAUCACUGAACAGAACUUUCCACUACCUCACUUAGGCGAGCGGCUUCAUGCUUUCAGUGACGGACUACAUCACGGAAAGGGAUUCUUCAUGCUUCGUGGCUUGGAUCCAACCGAAUUCUCAGUCGAGGAUAAUGCCCUGUUGUAUCUCGGUCUCUCCAGCUAUAUUGCACCGACUCGCGGAAAGCAGGAUGAAGAAGGGAAUAUGUUUCUCCACAUUCGCGAAGCCAAGGAAAUGGCUGCACCUCAAACUGAAAGACCUGCGAGAGAUUCUAAUGCUCGCUUGGCAUUUCACACAGAUCAGUUUCCUGACAUCCUGGCUCUUUACUGUCUUGGCCGGGCUAAGACUGGCGGAAAUCACAACAUCGCUUCUUCAUACGCGAUCUACAAUGAGCUUUCAAUCACGAGACCAGAUGUGCUUGAAACCUUGGCCAGUCCAGAUUGGUACUUUGAUUCACGUAGCUUGUUUGUUCACCCAGAACGUCGGCCUCUUUUAUUUAAUCACCAGGGACACAUUAUUCUCAACUUCGGUCGGAUCCACUUAAUGGCUACGGAACCAACAGACGAUGGCACCUUUGCUCCAAAACCAACUGCCAAGCAGCUGGAAGCCUUGGAUCUCGUACAACAGCUUGCCGAGAAGCAUCAUCUCUCGUUGAACAUGGACCCCGGCGACCUCACAUUUAUCAACAACCUUGGGAUCCUCCACGCUCGAGAAGAGUUUACUGACAGUCCAGAACAUAUUCGCCAUCUCGUUCGUAUGUGGUUGAAGCAUGAGGAUAAGGCGUGGCCGCUUCCGCGUACACUAAAGAGGGGCAAUGAUAGGACAUAUGAUAUGGCUGCGGAGGAGAUCUGGAAUAUCCUUCCUGCACCUAGGGUGGCGUUUAAGAUUCGGGAUAAGUAUGGACCUUAG